GGUUUUGGGAAGCGCGGGCUCGAGCUCUGCCCCGUCCCUCAGGCCGGCGGGGUCCGGGGCCUCCCGCCGGGAACGCUCGUUCGCCCCGGGAAUUCAGUCUAUUACAGUAAAAGAAAAUGUCUACAUCUAGCAUUGCAGCAAGAGUGGAAACCUGGCUUUCAUCCAAAUGGCACGUUAAAGUUCCUUUAACAUGGCUGGAAGCAUGUAUUAAUUGGAUCCAGGAAGAAAAUAGUGGCAGUAAUUUAAGUCAAGCUCAGAUUAACAAGCAGGUAUUUGAGCAAUGGCUUCUUACCGAUCUGAGAGACUUGGAAUAUCCCAUUUUGCCUAACUGCAUCUUAGAUACUCCCAAGGGAGUGUUAUCAGGCUGCUACUCCAUACAGAUUGAUUCACUGGUGGAUGUUAGCCAGCCAGCAUAUUCACAGUUGCAGAAGCUAAAAGGGAAAAGCACUGUAAAUGAAGAAGUAACAGCCAGUACUCAGGCAUUCCAAAAGCCCUGGGAAGCAAAACCUACUCGAAUGCUGAUGCUACAACUAACAGAUGGCAUAAAUCAAAUUCAGGGCAUGGAGUACCAACCGGUGCCUGUUCUCUGCAGUAAUCUUCCUCCUGGAACAAAAAUUACUGUACAGGGCAAUAUUGCAUAUCGUCUUGGAGUUCUUCUGCUUAAGGCAGAAAAUAUAAAACUGUUGGGGGGUGAGGUUGAUGCUCUUCUUGAGGAUUAUUGUCAGGAAAGAGUCCUUGCUAGAUUAAUUGGAGAACCUGAAAACCCUAAUUCUGUUGGACAAGCUGGACAUGAACAGAUUUUUCCAAGACCUUUGGAUGAAUUAGAACAAACUCUUGGCCCUUCAGAUGAAGAGCUUUUAGCCAGCCUUGAUGAAAACAAUGAACUUGCUUUAAACAACAGAACAUCUUUAGAAAGUGGAUAUUAUAGUAGAAGCAACAAUUUUAAUACAGCCUCAGUUUCACUGACAGCACACAAUGGAAAUGUUUUGCUACAAAAGUCUGGAAGUCCUUUGCCUCACUCAGAUGAACAAGUUUCACCUCCCAUAGAAUACGAUGAUGGCUUUUUAGAUGACUUUCCUUUAGAAGAUGACUUUCUUCUGGAAGAGGAGAUGCAAAGAGAAAUGGAAGAAGUGCCACCAGUGGACACAAACAGAAACAUAGGUUUAAUUACUGGCAGACUUUCACAUAUAUCUAGAAGCUCUUGCAAUUCUUCUUUAAAUGGCAGUGGUGAAAAAGACAAUGUGAAUGAAAGAGAGAAGCCCAGGGAGGCAAUCAGCAAGGAAAAGAAAAUGGGAAGGACAAUAUUUGAUGAAGAUGGAAAUGGCAUGAGUGACUUUUUGCAGCACAGGGGCUUACAUCAGACCUGCAGUUCAUCAGAUUUUUCUUUGGAAAAUCCUCCUGAGGAAGGGCAGAAUUAUAGAGACGUAGAUGAGAGCAGAUGUAAACAGCAACACACUUCUGACAGCAGGGUAUUAAAUGAUGAUCCUGUCUUUUCCUUAAAUAUGGACCCAGAAGGAGAUCAGCAGAAAUGUGAUUCACAGAUCUUUCCUUGCAAGGCACUAGAAACACAUUUAGAUUUAGAUUCUCCACCUUUCACAUAUAUUUCCCUUCUUCUUGAAAAAAAACCAGAAACUGUUACAAUUCUGAAAGUUAAAUGUUUUAUUGUCACUCUUACUGGAAACCUCACAAAAAGCAGUGGGUCCUGGAGUAUAAAAGCAAAAAUUUCUGAUGGUUCUGCUUAUCUUGAAGUAGAUUUUGCUGAUGAUAUUCUAACAAGUUUGAUUGGCUUUUCAGUGCCUGAAAUGAAUAAGCUGAAAAAUGAUCCAGCUUCACGUCUAAAACUUAAGGAUGGUUUAGAGAAAUGUCAAAAAGAGCUGAUAGAUCUCUGUUGUUUGAUGACUAUUGAGUACAAUCCAUUUCAGUCUAAAGCUACUGUAUUAAUUCUCCAGGAUGCUGAUGCUGGGCAUCUAGAACAAUUGAAGAAACGUUUGAAUAAAUAACACGUGCAAACUUGCAGACUGUAUAUUAAAAAAUGUUUAAGUCAGAUUUCCCUUGAAGAGCUCUUGAAAGUUAAAGUUAAAUGGUGUGUCUUUUAUCAGGAAUUAGAAUGUAAAAGUCAGUCAAGGAGCAAAACUGGGCAGUUUGUUUCUUAUGGUGACAGUAUUGGAAUAAGAUUUCAAAUAUUUAUGUCUUAUUUUUUUUGUUCUGCAAAAUCCUGUGUAUUCUAGACUGGUAAUCCUGACUAGCAGAAUUUGUCAGAAAGUGUAUAACAAUGAACAACCAUCUUGUUAUUUUGCUUUUUCAGGUACUUACUUGAUUUUUAAAAGAAAGGUACAGGUGACAGUUUUUUCUUGGAGAAAAUCAGUUGAAUAAAUUUAAAUAAAUAAUUGUUCAGAUACAGUCCAUUCUGACUAUGCCAAUUUGAAGACUCAAAUCUAUAUUCACUGUGCAAGAACUUAAAAUACAUAGGAAUGAAAGAUUGUCUUCUAAAUAUUCAGAUGUGAGGAAAAAAAACCAAUCCUAUACAAAAAGGAGAGAAAAUUAAUCUGAAACAAAGCCAGGUAUUUUAAAGUGUUUAUUAGCAGAAGAUUAUUGUAACAUAUGGGAAUUCUAUUAUUUUUGUCAUGUUAAUUUUAAUCAUUGGUAGUAGUUUUGAAGCUGGAGGCAAACUCAUUCCUUAACUCUUAUGGUUACCUGACUAACCUUUUUGCAGUGUAGUCAAAUACUUGUGCUGCACACAUGUAUAGUAUAUUUAAUGUUGGUCUUAAUUUUGAUUGAUUUUUAAAAUAUUUUUUUUCUAAAAUAAUAUAUUAAGUUUUCAUUUAAAUUUUGGUAGAUGCUGCUUUGUCACUUUAAAAGAAAAAUAUAUAUUUUGUUUAAUGUAUAGAGU